AUGAUUGUUGAAGAACCUUUUGGGUACGAAAGUUUUAGUUCGAAUGUGACUAAUUCGAGUUUGAAUACAAGCUGUUUCUUGCAGUACGCUCAAGAAAAUGGUCGUAGUAUUGAAGACAGAUCCCGCCGACGGUUGGGAAAAGAGGCACAGAGAGUAGCGGAGUUUCUGAAAAUCAUUUACGCAUUGGAUAAAACCCCAUUAGAGAAUUUGGAUGCUUAUAUCACCGUUUGCAUUAAAAUUCUAAAAAGUUUAGAUGUUUUGGAACUGAAUUUGCAAGUAAAUAUGGAAUAUAUGGAAAGCGUUAUCGCGUUUUUGUCCAAUAAUAGAUUGAAAUACAUCAUGGAACGCAUUGUCCUUGAAGCGUUGUCCAAAUUCAGAUGCCGUCGCAUCACAAUCCAAGAGCAACAAGGAAUAGGCUUUAUUGCAAAACUUGUUCAAAAAGUCUACAUGUUUGACUCUAUAUGUGGCCAUGUAAUUGAUCCCACAUUGAGUGCCAGUGUAUUGGAAGCAGUGAUCAAUACUAGAGCGCGCUAUUUGGCUGCAAAUUCACGCACUGAAGACUAUAAACUCAAAAAUUUCACGGUAAUCUCAACUACAGUAUUAAACAAUUGCUUCUGGCCACCUUCAAUUCAAAUUUUUGAUGUGUUGAUACUGUGCGUUGAAUCAAUUUAUAUAAAUGACGAUGAGCAAGCUAAGUAUAUGGUUCAAAACAUUGGAGUGUUUUUCGCCAACUUGUACCAACACCAUUCUGAGAUUGAUGUCUCUAUAUUGUCCGAGUUGAAAAUCGCGGCGCUGGCGCUUGUGAUGGCCGCCUUGAAUUUGAAAUACCAGAGAUGUAAUGGAGAAGUAAUGGAGAUUGUUCAAAAUCAAUUUGAAGUGAUCUUUGGUUCUCCAUUAGAAUAUACACUGACACCGGUGAUUGAUAAACAUCCAUUUCCAGAUAACCAAUACUCUAUACUUGCCCAACAUUUGAGAUACCCACCGGGAAAGCAAAACCUGGAUUUUUAUUGCUAUGACAAAAAAGUCGACAGUAACGAUUUAGCAGAAUUCCCUAGAAGAAUGACUCCGUUAAACUUUGAACUUUUUCAUCAAAAAACUGCAAAUAACCAGUCUUGCAAGAACAACAUAGAGGAGAAAGAAGGCAACAACGACGGUGAUGAUAAUGAUAAUGAAAUUGAUAAUAAAGUUGAUAAUAAAGUUGAUAAUAAAGUUGAUAAUAAAGUUGAUAAUGAUGUUGAUAAUAAAGUUGAUAAUUCUAUUAAUAAUUAUAUUGAUAAUGAAAAUGGUGACGGUGAUGGUGAUGACAGAAAUAAUAGUAGUAACGAAAGUUCGAGUGAGGUAGAGCUUCAUCAAGGCAGGUUUGAGCCAAUCAAAUCUAAAUUCAAAUACAACUUCACCAACCGAUAUUUCAAAAAGAGGCACAAUUCUACAGGACCAGGCGCAAAUAAAAAGUCCAGAUGGCACAUCUUUCAUAAAGCAUGA